CGGGCCUUCGAGGGCGCCUGGCACAGCUGUCUCUCGUCCUUUGCCUUCUUCCUCGUCCUCGCGGGGGCGCGCAGUCGGGGGCGCGCGCUCGGAGGGAUGCAGCAGCAGCAAAGGAGGCAGAAGCCUGCCAAGCCCUUGAUUUCUGAUAUUUAUAUGGGGUUUUUUGGGCAGGGGGAGGGAGAGCAUGCAAAAUUAUAAAGGGGGUCUUAGGGGGAUCCCUUUGGGGCAAUGCACCCCUUAAAAUUCAGGAGGAAGAAGAACCUUUGGCUUUAGGGGUUCCUUGCAAAAGUCCCCCCUGAAACCCUUUCCCAUGCUUAUGCAUGGGGGAGGGCAUUUAAUGCAAAGGAAUUCUUGCCCCCCUUGAAAGAGGACUACUUCCUAAUUCUAGAAUAAUUGUGGGGGAGCCAUGGGAGACUGGACCUGAUGGUUGGGAGAUGGGGAGGACGCCCUUCUUUCCCCCCCUGAAGGCCUCUGUGGAUUGAUUGGGGGCGGGGCCAAAGGGAGACCCCUGCAAACCCCGCCCCCUCCGGCCCCCCUCCUCCCCUAUGUUCUACGUGGGGCUCUUCUGCGUCAACCUGCUGGCCCUCUACUACGCCUUCCUCCUGGAGUACAUCGCCCUCAACCUGGGCAUCGCCUUCCUGCCCCCCGAAGACAUGGACCACGCUCUCGGGGGCCUGGGGACCCUCUCUGGACCGGGGCUCGGCCUCUUUGACAGGGACGUGGGAGCCGAGAUGGGUCUUGGGGACGGGGAGGUCCUGGACGCGGCCUGGGACUGAGAACCUCAAGGUCCAGGCUCCCCAAAGAAGGAAGACCCCAUCGCCUCUCCAGUGGCCCAUUUGAGCCUCCAAGAGAAUCCUGAGAAGAGCCCCCAAGAGUCGCCAAGGAGAAGACCCUAAUAGUCACCAAGGAGAAGACCCUAAUAGUCACCAAUAAGAAGGCCCCGAGAGGGCAACCCUAGAGUUUCCAAAAAGAAGACCCCAAGAGUCUCUGAGGUGGAACUCUUUGAGCCUCCAAGGAACCCCAAGAACCUCCAAAAGAAGAGACCUCGAGAGUCUUCAAGGAGGGGACAACAAAGGGCACCCUCAGUGUCUCCAAGGAAGGGACCUCAAGAGUUGCCAGGACGAAGGCCACAAGAGAAUCAGGUGAGCCCCAUGUAAGCCUCCAAGGGACCCCAAGAGAGUCCAAAGAGGGCACCCCUAGAGUUUCCAAGAGGAAGACCCUAAGAGUCACCAAAAAGAAGACCCCAAGAGAAUCCAGAGCGGGUACCUCUAGAGCAGUGGUUCUCAACCUGGGGUCCCCAGAUGUUUUUGGCCUUCAACUCCCAGAAAUCCUAGCAGCUGGUAAAUUGGCUGGGAUUUCUGGGAGUUGUAGGCCAAAAACAUCUGGGGACCCCAGGUUGAGAACCACUGCUCUAGAGUUUCCAAUAAGGAGACCCCAAGAGUAUCUGAGGUGGGCCCCUUUGAGCCUCCAAGGCACCCCAAGAGAAUCCAGAGAAGAGACCCCAAGAAUCACCAAGGAGGGGACCCUAGGAGUCACUGAUAAGAAGACCCCAAGAGAAUCCAGAGAGGGCAACCCUAGAGUUUACAAAAAGAAGACUCCAAGAGUCUCCAAGGAGAGCAUCAAGGGCACCCCCAGUGUAUCCAAGGAAGGGACCUCCAGAGUUGCCAGGAAGAAGACCACAAGAGAAUCCAAGAGAAUCAGGUGAGCCCCAUGUAAGCCUCCAAGGGACCCCAUGAGAGUCCAAAGAGGGCACCCCUAGAGUUUCUAAGAAGAAACUGUAGAAGACCCCUACAUUCACCAAUAAGAAGACCCCAAGAGUCCCUGAGGUGGGCCCCUUUGAGCCUCCAAGGCACCCCAAGAGAAUCCAGAGAAGAGACCUCAAGAGUCGCCAAGGAGGGGAUCCUAGGAGUCACCAAUAAGAAGACCCUAAGAGAACCCAGAGAGGUCAACCCUGGAGUUUCCAAAAAGAAGAUCCCAAGAGUCUCUGAGGUGGGCCCCUUUGAGUCUCCAAGGCACCCCAAGAGAAUCCAGAGAAGAGAUCCCAACAGUCAUCAAAGAGGGGACCCCAAGAGUUGCCGAAGAAAGGAACCCAUGUGGGAGACAACAAAGGAUACUCAAAGAGCCUCCAAGGGAACCCAAAGAGAAUCCAAAGAAUCCAAAGAUAAGAGUCAGUAAUAAGAAGAUCCCAAGAGAAUCCAAAGAGGACACCCCUCGAUUUUCCAAGAAGACCAAGUGUCUCUGAGUUGGGCCCCUUUGAGCCUCCAAAGAAGAGUCACCAAGGAGGGGACAUAGAAGGGCACCCCUGGUGUCUUCAAGGAAGGGACCUCAAGAGUUACAAGGAAGAAGACCACAAGAGUUACCAAGGCACUCCCCCUUUUAAGCCUCCAAGGGACCCCAAGGAGAAUCCUAACAGGGAACCCCAAGAGUCACCAAGAAGGGUAACCCAAAGGGCACCAAGCAUCUCCAGGAAGACCCCAAGAGUCCCUUGUUUGGGCCCCCUUUGAGCCUCCUAGAAUCACCAAGAAGAAAACAACCCUGCACCAGACUGGACUUUGCUGGACCCUCAAUCAUCUGCAAGGAAGAGACUCCAAGAGUUGCCCUGACAUCUCCAAGGAAGAGAACCUCCAGAUGGGCCCCUCCAGACUAGACCUCAUUGGACCUCGGUUGUUCCUGAGGAGGGGACACCAAUAAUCCACAACUGGGCAUUGGGUUUGCAGACGUAGUCACAAGGCUUGACUUUGCUGGACACCCCCCCCCCCCCAAGUCGCCAAGGGAGGGACCUCAAGAAGUUUCAAGGAGGGGAACCUGGUCUGAUGGUAGUCCGACAAGAAGGCACCAGAAAGGCCCCUUUUGGGUGGCAUUUGGAUCCUUUUGCUUCUCAGGGAAAGAAGGAGAACAGUGGGGUGGGCGGGUUUGCCGUUUGGGGAACGGAGUCACUCCAGAUUUGGGGGACAUCCUUGCAUCCUUCAGAAACUGGAUCCAAAGGGAAAGAGGAGCGCGAGUGGUUGACACCUUCACCACAGAGGAAUGGACCGCAUUCAGGUGUCAGUAUUCAAGCAAGGAAGUGACGCCAAUGGGACCCAAGACAAAGACGGCAGGGCUGUGAAAGUUUGCAAAAAGUUUGGACUGUUUCGCAGCACAACGGUUGCACUCGGCUGUUGAUUUUGCACAUUUUGCUCCAGAAGGGCUUCCGGAUCCAAAAGACGCUCGGAUGACAAUAACAAUAUCACAAAUAUUCCGUUGCAUUUUGGAAGAAGGCUUUUGAAAGACAAUGGAAGGCGUUGGAAAAGGAAGUAACUUGGGGAAACCCACAUUGUUUGGAGAAAACCCAUCAAAUCCAUCACUGAAUAAGGCAGAAACAGACAUAUCUCAUUGAUUGAAUUAAUGAUGGGGGUGGGAUAACAACUCCCAUCAUCCACUAAAUAGCAUGGCUCAGGAAUUCUGGGCAGGAGAGUCCAUCACUGUAUGGGGAUUGUAAUAACAGGUAUUGGAUGACCUCCCAGCACUGAUAUUAUCAAGAGGAAUGGAAUAACAACUCCCAUCAUCCUAGGGGAUUUUGGGAGUGAAUAUCCAUAAAGGUAUUUCCAUUAACAACUGCAAAGGGUGCUUCAUCACACUAGAGAAUGAAUCCACUUUAAAUAUGGUUUCUGCCUCCUGCAGAAUUCUGGGGUUUGUAGUUUAGGGAGGAGCCUUU